GAUUUGGAUGGCGAGGAGACUGGAAACCAAUCUGAUGGUUUGCACACGAAGACACGACACGGCGACAAUGGAAGGAAUAGUGAUGUGAACUAUGGACCUGUUAUUACAGUUCUAAAAGCUUUCAUUUUGUCCAUUUUAGCAAUGUUUUCGGCCGGAUUUAAUGCCCUGAGGGGAUUGCCGAGGUAUGUCUCUAGAUCUGGCUUUGGAAAAUAUUUUUAUUCACCCUCAACUCGAUCGACGAGUGCGGCCAUGACCAAAGGGAUACAAUAUCAGGAUUCGGAAAACACUCGUCCAUUUUCAUGUUCUGCAGCCCGGUUUGAUCCACAAAAACUCCGUGAUGUAUGGGGUAAACCAUCCUUUGAUGUGGCGAAAAUGACCCAUCUGUUGGAUCACGAUAACCACGACAAGAGAGCGAAAUUUCGCAAAAUCUUUUCUGAGGAUCCUUUGAUGACCCCAAAAUACAACAUUUCCUUGGACGAAGAGAGAGACUUAGCCUUGAAGAGACUGAAGACACUCUGCAACCAAGGAUUUAUUUCCGUGUUAGACUUCAAAAGCAACCCUCACUGGAUCUUUGCAGCCCACGAAAUGGCCGCCGUAGUAGAUGCGGCAAUGGCUACCAAAAUGACGGUCCAGUUUAACUUGUUUGGUGGUACUGUGUUGAAGCUGGGCACAGAAAGACACCAUGACAAACUAUUAGAGGUAGGAACUUUUUACUCGUUUUUCGAUUUAGUCAGAGUAUUGCUAUUUGGUCUUAUAAGCCUUACAUCCUAAUUAAUAUCAGCUUCUAUAUUCUUCGUAAUCUUACGUAAUCUUAUAUGCCUUGCAUCUUAUCAACAGCUUCUAUUUCCUCCGUAAUCUUUUACGCCUUACACUUUAACAUUAGCAUCUAUUUUCCCCCUAAUCUUCUCUGUACAUAUCCUUUGGCUCUGACUAGGAGAAUUCAUUUGGUGAUCAUUUCCUUUAUUCUCAUGGUUUUCAUAAAUGAUUAAGCAGAAAUAUUGUAAGGAGAAAUUAGACACUGGUCACUCUUAGGGUAUUUUUGUUUCCACUUAUAACAACACCUUUGCCUUUUCAGAAAGUAAGCUUUUUUUACCCUCUCUAUGAAUUUAACCCUUUAACUCCAGAUCAAAUUUGUAAUUCUCCUUAUUGUCAACCAUACAAUUCUUACAAUAUUUGUUCAGGGAAUUUACUAUUGGAUCAACUAAUUAUCCCCAAAUUGACAUUUUUCUUUAUUCUCAUCACUUAUCUGGUUGUUAUUGUAUUGAUAUUGUAAGGAGAAACUCUUUCUUGGUCACUCAUGGGAGUUAAAGGGUUAAUGUUGUUUCUAAUUGUAUAUUUGUAAAUGAUGUAUUCAUCUACGUGAUGAAUAUGACUGUUAAUUGACUAAAAAUGAAGGAAAGAUUACCAUGCCUCUGAACUGGCAAGAGAACAUGGAUUUCUAUAGUUGUUGUAAAAUGAUUAGCAAUUUGCUUAAGAUUUUUAUUGCAUCAAUCUGCAUGCAUCUGUGCUCUUAGCAACAGCAAUAUUCUUCAUUUGUCAUGUUGGACUCACUUGGCUGUAGCUUUGACCACAGUGAUGACAAAUAUUGUUGUCUGUGAGAGUACACACCAGGCUAUACCACAGUUGACUUUUUUAAUUUACUACAACAUCUAUGUCAAAAUUUCCAAGUCAUCCAUGUUUAAGAGGUGACAAAGGUAUUAUGUGACACAUUAACAUGGGUAAGGUUGUCGGUACUCUUUUCAACAGUGGGAAAUUUGCCAAGCAGAUUGCGACAUUACUGCCAAUUGUAGUAAAAAGUUUUUUUUGACUUAAGAACUGAUGGCAAGGCCUCUCUUUUCUUUUUGAUAAACCAAGGGUAUUGAUUCAUUGGAAGAUGUGGGCUGUUUUGGUCUGACAGAACUUGGAUACGGAAACAAUGCAGUACAGAUGGAGACAACAGCCACAUAUGACAAGGAGACCAAGGAGUUCAUUGUCAACACACCAAAUGCACUGGCACAGAAAUAUUGGAUCACCAAUGGUGCUUGCCAUGCCCAUCAUGUCAUUGUCUUCUCUCAGCUUUAUAUUGAUGGUGUCAAUCAAGGUAGGAAAAUGUCAAGGUUAAUUCAAUGAAUAGAUAUUUUAUACUCUCACUUUUCAGUUGUGAAAGCUAGAGUUUGUAUUCAGGGCUCUUAACCAUUAUUAUUUCAUGAUUCACACCUUUUCUUUUGUUAUUGAACAAUCUUUAUUUGACCUACUACCCUGUUGAAUAUUAACAAACUGAAAGUUCGGGGAGGGCUUGAUAAUGUCGCAGGGAAGAGCAGGGCUGUUGAAUUGAAUAUGAUUUUAAAUGAGGGAUUUAUCUGUGUAAAUCCCUUGUUUCAGGAAUUUAUCUGUAUAAAUCCCUGCUUUGGUUGCAAUCAUUCCAUUUCACUCUUCUGCUUAUUUAGACAAAGUAUGAACUGCCCACAGUGUAUUUAUUCUUGUAUUUGGCAGUAUUUGAGACAGGAAUUUAUCUGUAUAAAUCCCUCCUUUGGUUGCGAUCAUUCUGUUUCACUCCACUGCUUAUUCAGACCAAGUAUGAACUGCCCACUGCCCACAAUGUAUUUAUUCUUGUAUUUGGUGGUAUGCGAGAUUCCUUCCUCUUCUCAAGUUCUUCAUCGUCAUCGAUCAAAAUCUUCCUUACUACUUCUGGGCAAUUCGAUGGGUCAGUCUGUCCAUCCUUGAUUCAUUCCACAGUCACUACUUGUUUUAAUUCUUUUGCACAUGAAUUUCGUGGAGCAGGCUCAUCACUAUCUACUAGGCCGUCUAAAAUAGAAUCAAUACUAAAAUCUUGUUGUAAUAUUUCUUCUGAAAAACUAUUUUGAGUAAGAAAAAGCUCCUUGUUGUUAUACAUGCUGUCCAUAAUGACAGCACAAAAACAGAGAAAUGAGUUGUUGGAAAACAUUUGUACACGUUUAUUGAAAAACUAGUAAACAAGAACAAAAACAAAAUAUGAAACAUAGCAAAAAACAAAGAAAAUGCAAUGCUAAGUCCCUUGUGGACUCGCUAAAAUAUCAAAGUACAAAAAAGUUUAGCACUUGUCACAGAGGAAUUCGCAACAACUUUUCACAGCUGUGUGAGAAACGCACACAUCAGGUUGCUUUCAUGGUAUCUGCUUUGAUCCAAUGAAAGUGUGACUGUACUAAUUAGCCUGUGUUUGGCCCCUUAAAGAAAGGAUCAUUAUUUAAAGAUCCCUCAGUCAGAUAAAUACCUUGAACAGAGGUAUUAAUCCAUAUACAUCCCUCAGCCCUACAGCCCUCGGGAUGUAUAUGGAUUAAUACCUCCAUUUUUGGUAUUUGUCUCUUACAGAUUCAUAUUUUCCAUACUGCCCUGUCUAAUUUUCCUAUGGUACUGACAAGGAGAACUUUUUUCACAAUUAAGAUCUUCAUAAAUUGGUUAUCAUUUCCUUUAUUCUUAUAUAACCUUUGUAUUUGAUUUAAUGGUGAUACUGUAAGAAAAAAUUGGAGGCCAGUCACUAAGGGUUUGAAAGAUUAACAAUUAUUAAAAUGAGAAUGUAUCUUGAGUUUUCAUAACUUUGGAGAUUUCCUAUCCACCCUACAUUUGUGAGCUGAGGCUAUGCAAGCAUGUAAACAUGCCUCUAAUGCUUUUAUAACAUAUUUCUGAUGCACAUGUACAAAUUGUAAACAUUGCCUGUGUUUACAGUUACAUGCUCUCAUUUAACCCUUAAACUCCCAAAAAAUGAUUGUUAAUUCUCUCCUCUAGCUGCUACACAUUUCCUUGGUUUCUCUUGGAAAAUAUUCCAACUGAAUUUCUCAGCUUUCAUCAGUCGGAAUGAGGGAUUACACAGCAUAAAACUAUGUGCAUGUAAUCAAUUGCUCAGAGUGACCCUUCAAUGAGAAUAUGGAUUCAUAUCUCUGGAAGCUCAAGCCCCUUGUUCCUGUUAGUGAUGGAUGUCUCAUCUUUACCUCUAGAUAUCAUCACAGUGUGCACUGUACCUGAGUCAUGUUACAAAUCAUAUUCCAACAAAAUUGAUUAUUUCAGGUAUCCAUGGUGUGCUGGUUCCCAUCAGAGACAAGAACCUUAAUGUGAUGCCUGGAGUUCAGAUUCAUGACAUGGGACAUAAAAUGGGUCUGAAUGGAGUGGACAAUGCUAAGUUCUUCUUUAGCAAUGUCCGUGUACCCAGAGAAAACCUGCUCAACUUGUAUUCUGAUGUUGAAGAGGAUGGAACAUACAAGACAAACAUAGAAGGAAGUAUUCGGAAACGUUUCUUGACUGUAGCAGACAUGCUUCUCUCAGGCCGUCUGUGUAUAGCCAGCAUGUCACAAGGUACUGUUUAUUGGGUGGCUUACUAUAUCCCAAGUACUAAAGCUCUGGGCCCAGUUGUAUAAUGGAUGGAUAAUGCUAUCCAAGAGAUAAAUUGCAAUGUGGUGGAUAAGCAAUUGCAAAAUCUUUAGCAUUGUCUGCUGUACAGCAAUUUAUCUGGUGGAUAGUGUUAUCUAACCUUCGAACUUUUUGGGCCUGGUGCACUAAUCAGCCUUACCCCCCCCCUCCCCCCCUCCUUUCACUGAUCUCUAUAACUGCUUUUGUGUUUUUUCUUAAGAUGUGACAUUUGCAAACAUCCAAUUUGAACCAAAUCUGAUAAACACUACAGAACCACUUGUGGGAGAUAUGGUGUUCUAAUGGUUAGUGCACUGGAUUCCAGGUCGAAAAAAUCCAGUUUCAAGACCUUGCAGAGCCAUCGUGUUGUGUUCUUUUGCAAAGCACUCUCCUUCGGAGUGCCUUUCUUCACCCAGGAGUAUAAAUGAGUAGUGAAUUGUCAGGGAAGCCUGAUGAAAUUUUGGGGAGGUAACCUUGCAAAGAAUCGGCAUCCUCUCCAGAGGGGAAGGUUUAUCUGUAACAUCUGGAAUUUAGUGUUGCCUUGACUUGAAUGGGCUUUGUAGGCUCAGAGUUUAGUUGUCUACACCCAUACACUCUGUUCUGGACUUUUGCACAACACACAUCCAAGCUAAAGAAUUGUAUGCUAGUUGCAGCCUUCAUAGAUGCGCACUUCUUUAUUUUAUAUGAUGUUCUUCUACCCACUGUAAAGAACAAGCACAGGAAAUAGCGGUAUGUCUUAUUAUGUUUUAAGGAGCAGCCAAAGCUUGUCUUGCCAUUGCCAUCCGCUACUCAGCAACUCGCCUUACAGUGGGUCCUGAUGGCAAAUCUGACACACCCAUUCUCAAGUAUCAGCUCCAACAAAACGCUCUGGUGCCACUUCUGGCUGCUACUUACGCCAUGGAUUUUGCACUGCAAUAUAUAAAAGAUCGCUGGGCUUUUCAGGUACUGUGGCCUUGCAAAACGCCUUGUGUCUAGCAAAGAAUGAUUGGAACAUUACGUGUAUUUUUGUCCUUGUUUUUUAGUGAACAAUGUUAUUAUUCCACUCUCGGAAGUUGCAUAUGGGAUAUCCGAACUAUAGCCUCCGUUUGGUAUCUUGAAAAUACGCUUAUCUGUUCCAACGAGUGAACAGUUUUGCGAGAGUAAAGCUCGAGGAAAACUGUGAGCAGCAGAGGCUCAGCGAGGUCCUGAUACAGCUUUGUUUAAGAUCUUAUCAUUCCAUUUCCUUCAUAGGCAGCUGAUGGAUCUGAGCAUACGGAUGUGGUGAUUAUGUGUUGUGUUAUAAAGGCUAUAACUGGCUGGCAUGUUGCUGAAACAGCUGCCAUUUCCCGCGAGAGGUGUGGGGGCCAAGGGUAUCUGUCCUGUAACAAGUUUGGCAGUGGUAUCGCUGGUUCGCAUUCCUCCAUGACAGCCGAAGGGGACAACUCAGUCCUGAUGCAGAAGGUGGCUUCAGAAAGGCUGAUGAGUCUCAAGCCAUCCAUGUUGGAGGUAGCGGCCAGCUAUGUGCCGAAGGCUGUGACCCGGAUCUUCGGUUGGGCCAAUCUCAACAACCCGAAAUACUUGCAGGAGCUUUUAGGGUCACGAGAGAAAGAUCUAUUUUUGAGCCUUGGAAUGAAGAUGAUGAAGGCUGGGAAGGAGGGAAGAUUUGACACCUGGAUGUACAUGGAACAGGAUCUUGUCCAAGCUGCUGCUCGUGCGUAUGGUGAACGACUCAUCAGUGAAUGUUUUGGCAAAGCUCUUGACAAAGCUGACCCUGGUCUGCAACCAGUUCUCCAGAAACUUCAUCAUCUCUAUCAGAUGUCAGUCAUCAAGAAGGAUCUCGGCUACUUCACCACCUCGGGGCUGAUGUCUACGUGGACUGGGGCUAAAGUUGGGAAGGCAGCUGCUGACCUGUGUCGAGAAGUGGCACCGCAGGCCACUGCACUGUGUGAUGCAUUUGGAUUCACCGACGAAAUGCUUAAUGCCCCAAUUGCCAGAGACUGGGUCAAAUAUAAUGCAGUUGAUAACAAAGGGGAAGUCGAAGGUGUGCAGUAUUGA